UUAGAAUUUCAGUACAGCUUCGGAUAGCUGCGAAGCGCUGCUUUGUUAGAUCUCCAAUUGUUUACAGAACCGAUUUUUUUUAAUAUACACCGCGACUAUAAUCGCUUAUAUGAAUUAUAGGAACCGGAUUUAUUUAAGAAACCAGAUUCUUAGUUAGAAACUGACAAAAGCGCACUAAACGACGCAACAGUAUAAUAUUACAAAGAGAAAGAAUUAAAAAAUAAACUUGUGACUUGUGAACUUUGUGUUUGAAGUGAGUGAUAUAAAUUAAAAUAAUAAUUUAAACUGUGACAUGAACGAAGACAUAUAAAAUUAAUAUUAGGUUAUCCAAGCUAUGGAUUGUGAAAUACUAACCAAAAUCACACAACCAACCAAAGACAAAGUGAACCGUUCAAAAACGAAACCGUAAGCGCAAAAUGACAGCACAAAAACUAUCUCCCGCCAAAAGAACUGUCAAAGUGACAUUGUGUGUGACAUUACCACGAGGGUAAAUAAUGGUGACCCUGAUGCCGUGUAGCUACCUCGGAGGGGGCGCCUCCCCACGCUGCAGCUUGGACCACGCCGAGCCAAAGGCAAAAAGGCCAAGACCUGACACGGGCACCGAUGUAUCGGAUCGACUAUCUGGCGAAGUCAACACAAGCCCCUGCGAAUCAGAAUCAACAUCAAACUCCCCACCAUCGCUGCUGCAGGAUGCGACAUUGCCAGCUCUCUUAGUAUCUGGGGCAUCCACGUUGUUCCAGAACACAACCACGACCACCAACACAGCGCUGAGUUUAUCAGCUGUUGACAGCUUAUGCUUGCCUGGUACCUCGGAGGUAGAAAGCUGUAGUUUGGCGAACGGAUGCUCAACGAGUUCGUCGCUCGGGUUGGCAUUGCCGUUGACGUCGACCGGAGGACUUUGUUCGACCUCCUCGUCGGCUGCGGUCGCCUGGUUGAUGAAUGAAGAUAGUGCGGGUGGUGUAAAGAGCGAGGUCCGUAGCCCGGGCCUUUGCGAAGCAGACGUGGCGCUGUACGGCGAAACGCUGCCGUACGACCAGUCCACGCUGCCCUACCAGUAUUAUAAUAGCAUGCAGCAAUAUGGUAGCGGCAGCGCGGCCUCGUCGUACGUCAGCUCGUCACUGUACAACCAGCCUUACGGCGCGUACCCGCCGCAACAUAACACUACUAACAGGUCGUCGUGCAAAGCGACGCCGACGUACCUGAGUGCUUACGGCGUGAGUGGAGUCAGUGGAGUGCCUAGCACGGGCUUCGGGACCCAGCCAUCACCCUACGCCUAUUCCUCGUACAACGGGGGACUGGCGCAAUCUUUUCCUACCGCACAACAGGACUACAGCAGCUAUGCGGCAGGGUAUGCGGACCACAAUGUGGCCCAAUACAGCGGUUACUACGCUACACCUAGUUAUUCUCCCUACGUCAGCUCGCCGAGCAGCAGCGGCAGUGCAGGACAUACUUCAUAUCAUUUAGGAGGAGCUUUAUCAGAAUCACCAUCAUCAAUGCUGCCAUCAAUAAAUGACACGAGUCCGCUGUCUCCCAUCAAAACAGAAGUACACGCAGCCAGUCGAAGAUGUAGAGAGAACUCGGGAGAAAGCACAGCGUCCCGUUCCCGAGGCCGCGGGCGACGCAACACAUCCUCGUCUCCAGCGCAGCACGUGCCGGAGCCGGCCACCGACAGGGUGUUCAUCUGGGACCUGGACGAGACCAUCAUCAUCUUCCAUUCGCUACUCACUGGGACUUACGCUACUAAGUACAAUAAGGACACACAACAAAUAGUUCAAUUGGGAUUUAGGAUGGAAGAGAUGAUCUUUAGCUUAGCAGACACACAUUUCUUCUUCAAUGAUGUUGAGGAUUGUGACCAGGAGCACAUAGACGCAGUAGCGGCAGAUGAUAACGGUCAGGAUCUCUCCGCGUACAACUUCGCAGCGGACGGGUUCCACGCCGGCGCCGCACCUAACACGGGCUUAUGUGCGCCUGGUGUGAGGGGCGGCGUGGACUGGAUGAGGAAACUCGCAUUCAGAUACAGGAAAAUUAAGGAUACGUACAAUAAUUAUAGAAAUAGUGUGGGCGGUCUGCUGGGCCCGGCUAAACGAGAGCAGUGGCUACAGCUGCGCGCCGAGCUCGAACAGGCGACCGACAACUGGCUCACGCUCGCCUGCAAAUGUCUCAACAUGAUCAACUCCAGAGAGAACUGUGUGAACGUGCUGGUGACGACGACGCAGCUAGUGCCGGCGCUCGCCAAGGUCCUGCUGUUCGGGCUGGGGGGAGUCUUCCCCAUUGAGAACAUAUACUCCGCUACCAAAACCGGCAAAGAGACAUGUUUCGAAAAAAUAAAGCAGCGUUUCGGAGAGCGAUGUACGUACGUCGUCAUCGGUGACGGGCAAGACGAGGAGGCGGCCGCCAAAGCAAAGAACUACCCAUUCUGGAGGAUAUCCAGCCAUUCAGACAUCGCGGCCCUCUACAACGCGCUAGACAUGGGCUUCUUAUGAUCUACUGGUACCCUGGUACUCGGGCUAUACAAAACGGUUACUUUCGCGACAUUUUCUAACCGAAAAGACAUUAUUUUUGCUAUUUUCAGAGAGAUAUUAAUUAUUUUAAUGAUAUUAUUAUUAUUGUCCAUUUUGCUGAAUGAGAAUUAAUAGGAAAAAUAUAUUUAUUGAAUACUGGUCUAAUUAUUGUACUGGUUUGGCUUUACGUUAUUGUAUACAGAUUCAACUUCCUGUAGUUCAUGCUAUCCUAGUAUUACACGGAUCGAACAAUCAUUUUAAUACUUGGAUGAAAAAUUACUUCGAAAAUAUGUCAAUAGAUUGAUUGCAGAGCUUCCUUUUAAAAGCCAAAUUUUUGAUACUAUGAUCCAUUGUUGGAAACAUCUAUACAUGUAUUGAAGAUAAAGGCGAAUUUUUGUCGUUUUGAAAAAAGACGACGAAAAGACUUAGACGUACGAUGAUGUUUUGGGACACAAGGCGUGGUAUUCUGAGAUUCUUAUAUUUAGAUACUUCUGUAUCUGUUUUUAAAGGCAAAUAGAUUUGAGUACUUGGUUGCACCAACAAGGUCUAAGUGAAAACAUACUUCCUCCUUUUUAGGAAGUCGGUUAAAAUAAUCUCAGAUAUGUCCAAUAUUUCCAAAUAGAAUGUCAAACAAUAUGGAGAUCUUUAUGAAACGAAUGUCGAACGUUAAACUAUAUUAGUUAGAAACAAUUCAUAGCUUAUUAUUAUUAUCAACGAAAUAUUUUUAUUUAUAUCAUAUUAAACAGGUUGAUAAUUUUAUUUUUUUAGUUCCAUACAUUUUAUAGAUGUUUUGUGGGUAUUUUUCUCCAGUCUUAAAUAUUAUUUACAUUAUAAUUUUGGGAGGAUUUGCACUGAGAGUGUUUGUCACUAGAGGCGCUGGUGUCGCUUUAGGUCUAUUGACUAUAUUGGAAACGAAUGGAUUAACGAGACCUUAUAUCUCUGGCGACAUCUCAUGAACGUAUAAUAGAAUAUGUGCUUCAACAAGUUCUAUAUGGCGUUUAUCGUGUAAAUAGUUCAGAAUUCACAACCCGCUCUCAAAAUAUCUAUAAAAUGUAUGUUCGUCGUUUAGUCCGUAACAUGGCUCGGCUCCAUAAAAGUACAUUUUCAUAAAAACAUUAGUUUCGGAGCCACAUAUUUAAAUAUAUUAAUUAUUUUAGUUUAUAAAAGCUCAAAGUCAGCUCAAAAUCUAAUGAAACUAAAAGAAAUAAUAUGUUUUUUGUAAAUAUUUAUUGAAAAUAGUAGUGUCAUAGUGUUUUGUAAGUCCAUUCCUACUGUAAGUUUUAUAUAAUCUUUACUAUGUACAGAAAAUUGAGCUAAUUUUUAGGACAAUGUAUAGUGAAUAAAAUUAUCUUUUCAUUUUCCGUUUCUGGGCGUUCUUAAAAGGCUUGUGUUUAAAGGGAAUUCAAGUAAAAACUGUGUAUUAUUUUUUAAUUCACAUUGUAAACUUCAAAGUAUUGACUAAUUGCUAAUUUGCGCGGAUCUUACCUGUACAUUUUUUUGUAGGAAUGCUAUUUACAGAUAAUUUAUACUCUAAAUUGAUACAAAACAAAAAAGAAAACUUCAAAUUAAGCAUUUCGUUUAUUAAUUUAAAGUCGGUUAAAAUAGUACACCAUUUUUACCCAAUAUGGAAAAUCUUCAUACCAGUUAACACAUUGAACGCCGUGGUGGUCACCGGUGACCGACGCUAGCGGAGGAUUUGCCUUCAACAGUUCUCUAUUGGCAGUCAAAGACUUAAAUGAAUAAAAAUAUAAUGUGAAUUAAAAAAUAAUAUAACAUAGACUUUAAGACGUCCUCCACAUUUUGUAAAACGAAAUUGUUCCUCUUACUGUAAGCACAAUUAUUUAACAUUUGUUCCGGAACGGCCAUGGAAUACUCUAUCUAUGCUAACUAUACAACUAAACGCCAAGACUUCAUUUUACGAGAAACGUAGCAAUAUUUUUGAAUGUUAUUUGAGAAAAAAAUAGAAGAAAUUGUAAAUAAAAAUCUAAAUUUUAGAUUUAAAAUAGCGUAUUAAUCUAGUUCGAAAGUUAUUAUUAUUCAAUUUGUAAAUAAAAUUAUAUUAUUUGACAAUUUA